UCGUUGACGGAAUUCGUCAAAGCCACUGUAUCCAAUGAGCAACUCGCCUCGUGUCUCAAAUGGUUCGAGGAUAAGCCAACGCUGUUCCAUUUAAUGGAUCGCAAAACUGGUAAAGUACGCUACACUUUUCAAUCGGAAGCUUUCUUCUAUCUACACAUUAUCAAUCAGUAUGAGGAAGACAACCACGUAGUGAUCGACAUAUGCUGCUAUAAGGAUCCGGAAAUGAUCAAUUGCAUGUACUUAGAGUCCAUUGUGAAUAUGCAAUCGAAUCCGAACUAUGCGUCACAUUUUCGUGGACGCCCAUUGCGGUUUGUGCUGCCCUUGGGCGCUGAGAAUGCCGAUGUGACGGUGUUCAAAGAGCGGCCAACCAAUCAGCGGCGUGUGGCGAAAUCUUUCUCGCUUUCGGGCAUAAGUACGCGCCUGCAGCCGCCACCGAAGAUGAAGCACUCCGAGUCGAAUUACGAGGAUGUAACAAAAAUGGCUCUGAAAAAACUGGAGGAAGAGGAGAUGCUAGAGUACAGCGUUGGUGCUGACGAAAGAGAGCAGGCGAAAGAGAGAGUCGACGGUGAAACAAUGAUCAAUUUAGUCACAUUAGAGUAUAGCACGGCAGAGGCGUAUCAGCUGAGUAAUCGAAGCAUACUUGUGCGACCAGAGUUGCUUUGCGAUUGGGGUUGCGAGACACCGCGUUUCCACUACGACAAGUUUUUGGGUAAAAAAUACCGCUACUUUUAUGCAAUUAGUUCAGAUGUGGAUGCUGAAAAUCCAGGAACUCUCGUCAAAGUCGAUGUGGAAACGAAAACCAUAGAAAAGUGGUGUGAACCGAAUUGUUACCCCAGCGAGCCGGUAUUUGUGGCCGCGCCA